AUGGUAGAAGCUUCCUCAGACCAGAUCACGUCCAUACCAUGUCAUCUGAGUGGCGUGACAAGAGUAUGCUUCUCACCGGAUGGAGCAACGAUAUUCACAGGUGGAUCAGAUUGUUUAGUAAGGAUACAUAAAGCAGAUCAACCAGAUUCCGAACCUGGAUUUCACGAUAAUCAUACAGACGCUGUCACCUCCUUAACUUGUUCUCGAAACAACCUUAUAACAGCUUCAGAGGAUAACAUCGCUCGGAUAUUUUCGUAUCCUCAGAAUGAAUUUACAGGUUUUUUGACCAGAAGUUCGGGCGUACCGAUCAGAUGGGUCAGUGUAGAUAAUGCAGGGGAAAGGGUAGCUGUCUGUAGCGAUGAUCUAUUAGUGAAAAUUGUAAACGUACAAGAUACGACUAGGGUCUCCCUCUUGUCUGAUAAUAACAAAUCAGUGAGAUCGGCCACAUGGGAUCCAACAGGCAAAUACUUGACUACCGCAUCAUGUGAUGGGAAGCUGAAAGUGUACGACACGACUGGAAGUGCACCACUUUGCUUGAAGAUCAUGGAAGGAGUGAUUGGGUCCAGCGAGUCUGAGUCAACUACUUCUUGCUACGCUUCGUGGCAUCCUUCAGGCAACUACUUUGCUGUGCCUACAAGGACAAACGAUAUCGGUAUAAUAAGUAGAGAAGGGUGGAGCAAGCAAACUACCUUUUCACACGAUGGACCUAAAUCACCUGUUGGAGAACUCGCUUGGUCCCCUAAUGGGAAAUAUCUUGCCUCAUCUUCUUCUAACACCAUAUACAUCUGGGCGACCGAGACUCGUCAAGUUGUAGCCAAAUAUACUAACCAGGAAGGGGCCAUAUCUGGGUUAUGUUUCUCGCCUAAAUCGAACCUCAUCGCCUAUACAUCGUUGGACGGAUCUUUUCACCGUUGGUCAAACCCUAUUCCAUCGAAUUUACCUAACCCGUACAGCACAGAGAAGGAAGAAGCUAAGAAAUUGGAUAAAUUGUUGGACGAUGAGUUUGGAGAUGACAACGAAGUGGAUAUGGAAGAAAAAGGAGAAGAUCUGGAUGAUAAUGAAGAUGACCUCUUUGGAGAUGAUGGAUGGAUUGUGAAUGAUGACGAUGGUGCUCCUGCGGGUUAUGGGAAAGAUGAUGAGGAGAGGAAAUGGGGCAGUGGAAGGAUGGAAGUUGUGAAUGUUACUAAGGCGCAAGCACCUUUCACACCUGGAAGUACAGAGUUCAAGAGCAAAAAACGUUACCUUGCAUUCAACAUGAUCGGAGUAAUCGACGUGACUGAUCAAGAAACACAUAAUGUCGUCAAUGUAGAAUUCCACGAUAAAUCGGCCAGGAGAGGAUAUCAUUUCCAAGAUCACAACAAGUAUACUAUCGCAUCAUUGGGUGAACAAGGUAUAGUCUACGCAUCGAAAUCUGCAGUGGAUUCACCUUCGACAGUCUACUAUAGACCGUACGAUUCAUGGGCUUCUCAAAGUGAUUGGUCAAUAUCCCUCUUACCUGGAGAAGAUGCCAUUGCGCUCGCAGCUGGAGGUGGAUCAAGUGCUGAAGGUGGAAUGGGAAGUGUCAUCGUAGCCACUAGUAAAGGAUAUGUGAGGUUCCUCACUGCAAGUGGAUUGCAGAGGUAUGUCUGGAGAUUGGGCGAGGAUGUCGUAUCGAUGGCGGCUGGGAAGGAUAAGGUGAUGGUGGUUCACAGAGAAGGAGGUACAAGUUUAGACGGUUGCCAGAAUCUGCGAUACUCUCUCAUGGAUCUGGAUACAUUCGAGAUCAUACAGGAAGGAAGGGUACCCCUGCCUAAGAAAGUGACAUUGAAAUGGCUUGGAUUUACCUCGGAUGGUGUACCUGCCAUAUACGACUCAGCUGGAUUACUGUCAACUCUCGAUAGACAUCGAAGACCGGGACAAGCGAGAUGGGUGCCUCUAUUUGAUACGACGUCAAUGAAGAAAGAAGGUAGACAAGAGAAUUACUGGCCUGUAGGAGUGACAUCAACACAUUUUCCCUGCAUAAUCCUAAAGGGAUCGGAGAAAGAACCUUGGUUCCCUCGUCCGUUGAUACAGGAGGUGGAGAUGCAUAUGCCUCUCCUGAAUUUGGAUAAUCAACAAGGUAAACUCGAAGAAAGCCUUGUCCGCGGUCAUCUGUCGCUAUCUACUUUCACUGACUCCUCCGAUCCCGACGCCGAAUACCUCAUCAAGGAGAAAGAGGUCGCGCUCGAUAAGGAGUAUCUCCAAUUGGUCCAAAUUGCUUGUAAAGCCGAUAACCUCCAGAGAGCAUUGGACGUAGCUAGGUUGAUGCAUAAUCCAGGAACUAUCGAAGCAGCAGCUAAAGUAGCUGCAUUCUACCAUUUACCGGGAUUACAAGAGAGAAUUGUAGGAGUCAAGACAGAGAAAGAAAGGAGGAAGAGAGAGAAAAGGAAUAAACCUAGGAUAUCAGAAUAUUCACACGCUCCCUCACCUACACCUGUACCAUCCUCUUCCAACGCCAAUGGAACGAGCUCUAAAGGAUUUACAUCGGAUUUCGCUCCACGAACCGCGAAUGCUAGAAGAUCGUUUGGAGGGGUCAAUAGGGAUGCUACGCCUGUAUCUUCUGCUCCCAGGGAUACUUUUAUACCUGAAACUCCAGGAGAUGAAAGUGAAUCGAUCACACCUGCAAUGGAGAAUGGUGAUGAUGGAGGAUCCGUCUCGCCGAUAGCUAAACGUAGAAAGUUGGAUGAUGCGGAGAAUGAAGGAUUCGCUGUACCGCAGAGUAAGAAGAAAGGUGAAGAAUAUCCUUUCCCUGCUGCCAACGCCGCACCCAAAAACCCAUUCGCGAAGAAACCAGCUGGAUCCAACCCUUUUGCUAAACCUGCUACAGGCUCCAAACCUUUAGAUCAAGUGAAAUCGACAAGUUUCUUCGAUAGAGUUGAUGAUAUCAAUUCUAGUGGAGUUUCAAAAGCUUCGAUGAAAACCAAAAAUCCAUUGAAAAGUAAAGGUAAAGAAACCCCUGGGACAGGCAAACAGACGACGUUGUUCGGUGCAGGAGUUACCAAACGACCUGCUCCUAUACCUAACUCAAUGACGACGGCCGAUUCGUUCGUCUCAACUGAGACCGAGGAUGACUAUGAAGAGACCCAGAGAGAGGAUGAGGAAGAGGAGACUUUUGGGAGUCGACCGGGGAUAUUGGAGGAAAGUAAUAUUCAAGAGACGAUGAGCCCCGAUGAGAUGGAAGUGGAGUAG